AUGGGAGUUGAUCAAUCGUUAAUAAAAAAUGCGCAAAAUCAAUUGGAUCGAUUGAUGAAGCAGUUAGCGGAAAUUGAAGAGGAAAAAGAAUCAUUGGAAGAGGAAGAAUAUUUGGAUAUGAAAAAGGAUACAAUUGAACAAUUAGAGGUAUGAAGAUUUUAUGGUAACUCAAGUUAAAAAAUCAUAUAGAAUUUAGGAAAAACUCUGGAAAAAUUCGAAGUUGGAAGCAUGACACUGAUUGAUGAAUUGACUGCGACGAAAUUAGCGAUUCGAGCAGCAAUUAGUGCAGCUUUCAAAACUCCCGAAGUUAUUGCAUUAUUUGCCAGAAAACAACCUGGAUUAUUGAGAGAGCGUUUAAUGAUGCUUGACACCAAUCUAAAACUUCAGAAAAUUGCGAAACAUGAAUAUUUUGAGAAGAAGCUUGAGAUUCUUAUCGCUUUGAAGAAACUGAAAGAUCCACUUUCUGAAGAGGAAUCGAAAUUUGUGAAUGAUGCUUUGGAAGAUAAAUCCAAUUUUAAUUUAGAAGUUGCUAAUUUUGGUAGAAGUUUUACCGGUGAUAUUUGAAAAUAAAAAUGUAUAUAGUUAAUGUUUUGAUUUGAUUCGAAAAAUAAGUUUGAAGCUUCAACAAAUAUCUUAUAGUUUAUUUUUUAUUCAACUUCUUAAAAUUGUAUUUUGGCAGAUAGUUUAUGGAGGAUGUCAACAAAAGAAAGGCGAAAAGAAGAAGAAAAAGAUUUGCCGCCAAAUUGGCAGGCGUAUUUUCAUAAAACGCAUAAUAAAGUGUUUUACUGGAAUGUUAUAACCAAAGAAUCAACCUACGAGAAGCCAAAAAUCCGGAGUCCUCCUAAAAAAUCGAAAAGAAAACGAGAUAAAUCACCAGAACCUGAAGUUAAACGAAGUAAACCUGAAGUUUAUCCAACUAGAAAGCGAAAAAAUCUAGAUUCGGUUGAACUAUGUGUUGUAAUUGAUACAAAUGUAUUGAUUGAUUCGCCGGAUGUUUUGAAGGAAGUAUGUAAAAGUAAGUGCUUUUAAGAAAUAAUGAACUUUUCUGAACUGGCUGAAAAAUUGUGAGCGAAAAUUUAUCGUACUUUUGAGCUCCAAAAAUAGAAUAAUGGUAGAAUUUCGUUCAGAAACCUUUGAAGUCUUCCCCCAAAUAAUUCUAAAAUUCUUCCAGAAAAAAUUCUGACAAUUAUUCCAUAUACUGUGAUUUCCGAAUUGAAUGGUUUAAAAAGUCGAAAUGAUUUGUUGCCAACUGUGAAUAAAGUGUGUAGAAACAUUGAAAAUCUACGAAAAAACCAAGAAGAAUAUGUAUAUUUGGAAUUGGAAUCAGCUAUUGAACAAAUCGCAAAACUCGAUGAUUUUGUUGAAACUUCUGAUAACGAUGAUAAGAUUUUGAAAUGUGCUAUGAGAAUUAGAAAAGAAUGUGAGAUUUAUUUUGCUUGAAAAUUGGAAAACCAUGUCAGAUUAUUUCAGUGUCUACCAUUCCUGUUAUCUUGCUUACAAACGAUGUGAAUCUUCGUGUGAAAGCAGAGGCAAAUAGUUUGAGAGCAAUGAAUUUGACCGAUUUUUCGAUGGAGUUUGGAAUUGUAAAUGAUGAAAAAGAAAGAAGAAGUAAAAGUCGAAGUUUGAGUGUGGAAAAAGAGGAUUCUAUGGCCAAAGUUAUGGCGAAAAUGCCGUAUAUACCUGAGGUAAGGUUUUAGAGAGAGAUAAAACAGUUUUGAAAAUUUUUAUUAUGAAAAUAAUUGAGAUUAAAAAUCUCUAACUGUAAGGAAAAUACAGUGAGUGGUUUUAGCUCUAUGACGUGGAAAUGUAAAAAUUCUCAUUUGAAAAAUUAAUUGUUCUAAAUUAACAACUUCCCAAGAAACGCAUCCUAUGAAAUUAAAUCUGAAUUCAACUUUAAUAUUUUUCCAGUCAGAUGAUAGUCAAAGAAGCCGUUCGUCCACUCCACAACCAUCUUCUUCUUCUUCAACAAUUAAAAUCGAUCUAAAUCGUUUUUCGUUUCGCCAAUUAUUGAACCAAGAUAUGGAAACUGAAACUAUUGCACCUCAUCCACAAUUCGAAAUACCAAAUGAUGAAGAUGAAUUUCCGUGUGUUCGAGUUAUUCGAAGAUCCAAAUCACCGCAAGCAAACCAAAAAUCGAGAAAUUUUAGAAAUGAAUAUAGGGAUAAUCCAAAAUUGGCCAAUUUUUUGAAAAAUGCAAAAAUCUAUAAUAAUAAGACGAGAGAAGAGAUGACGACAGCGAAAGUCCCAACGAAAAUCACUGCCAAAUCCAGAAUACCGUGUAUAGAAGAAGAUGAAGGAGCUGAUGACGAAUUGAUGGAUUGCUCAUGA